AUGGUCUUCCUCUACAACCUGACGCUCGCCCGGGCGACGGGCGUUCAGUCGGCCGUUGCGGGCUCUUUCUCGGCUCCCAAGGCGUACGAAGUCGCGGUGUCCCGCGGGCGCGUGCUGGACCUGCUCCGCCUGGAGAUGAACGAGAUCAAGAACGAGCAGGGCAAAGUCACGGGCCACGAGCUCAGAAACGUCGCGAUCGUCUCCUCGACGGAGAUAUUCGGCCAGAUUCGAUCCCUGUCCGCGUUCCGCCUCCCGGGCACCAAGACCGACUACCUGAUCGUCGGGUCCGACAGCGGGCGCAUCGUCAUCCUCGAGUACGUCCGCGGGCGCAGCAGCUGGAAGCGCGUCCACGCCGAGACGUUCGGCCGCUCGGGCUGCCGCCGCAUCAUUCCGGGGCAGAUGGUUGCCGUGGACCCGCGCGGGCGCGCGUGCAUGAUCGCGGCGUGCGAGAAGCAGAAGUUCGUCUACGUUCUCAACCGCGACUCCUCCAGCAACCUCCUCACCAUCUCCUCCCCGCUCGAGGCCCACAAAAAGGACCACCUGUGUUUCGGGAUCGUCGGACUCGACUGCGGGUUCGAGAACCCCGUGUUCGCGGCGCUCGAGGCCGACUACGGCGACGUCGACGCGGACCCGACCGGCGAGGCCGCCGCGGCCGCGCAGAAGGUCGUCGUCAUGUACGAGCUGGACCUGGGCCUCAACCACGUGCAGCGCAAGUCGGCCACGCCGGUCGACAACGGCGCGAACAUGCUCGUGUACGUCCAGGGCGGGGACGACGGCCCCGGCGGCGUGCUCGUGUGCUGCGACAACUUCGUGCAGUACCUCGCGGAGGACGGCUCGGAGGCCUCGCGGCUGCAGGCGGUCCUGCCGCGCCGCGCGGGGCUCCCGGAGGACCGCGGGACGCUCAUCGUGGCCGCCGCGAAGCCGAUGAAGGGCGUGAAGGGCGAGCCGCUCUACCUGCUGCAGUCCGAGUACGGCGACAUCUACGUCUGCACGCUGCUGCUGUCCGCCGAGGGCACGGUCAACGAGAUCAAGGUGACGUACUUUGACACGAUACCACCCUCCGCGUCCCUGUGCGCGUGGAGGUCCGGGUACAUCGUCGCGGCCGCGGAGUCCGGCAACCACGGCGUGUACCUCGCCUUGCGCGGCCUCGGCAGCGACGACGACCCCACCACGUCGAGCAACGACAAGUACGACCUGGACGAACACGGGCUGCCGAUGUUCCAGCCCAAGGUGUUCGAGCCGCGGGCCCUGCGGCUCCUCGACUUCGUGGACGAGGUCCAGUCGCUCUGUCCGAUGACGGACAUGCAGGUCGCGAAGCCCGCCGGCGACGACAUCCCCAACAUUUACGCCGCGUGCGGGCGCGGCUCCACGGCGACGCUGCGCGCGCUGCAGCCCGGGCUGUCCGUCGCGCCCAUCACGGACCCCUUCCCGAUGCCCGGCGUCCCCAAGGCGCUGUGGACGCUCAAGCGCUCCCUCACGGACGACCGCACCGGAUACAUCGUGGUGUCGUUCGCCAACGACACGCUCGUGCUGGGCAUCGCCGGGGAGAUGGUCGAGGAGGUGAAGGACUCGGGGCUGCUGGACCGCGUGUCGACGAUGCACGUGCAGCUCAUGGCGGACAACUCCCUGCUGCAGGUGCACCCCGGCGGGCUGCAGAUGGUGAAGCAGGACGGCCGGACCUUCGACUGGCCGUGCCCCGCGCGGCAGGCGGUGAACAAGUGCGCCGUGAACUCGCGGCAGGCCGUCCUGGCGCUCACCAACGGCCGCAUCAUGUACUUCGAGGUGACGGACUUCGGGGUGCAGCAGGUGGAGGAGAUGGAGGAGCCCCUCAGCGACGCGGUCGGGGGCGCCGAGGUGGCGAGCCUCGCGCUGCCGCCCGUGCCGGAGGGCCUCAAGCGCGCGCAGUUCCUCGCGGUCGGGCUCUUCGACGGCACGGUGCGCAACUUCUCCGUCGACCCGGAGGCCAACACAGUGGAGCAGAUGGGCCUGAAGAAGUUCCAGCGGCCGCCGUCGUCGAUGCUCUUCCUGGCCUCGGCCGGUCUGGGCGACCAGGAGGAGGCCACGAUGGCGCUGGGCGCGUCGAGCCUGUUCCUGCAGGUGGCCGAGCAGCACGGCGUCCUGACGCGCAUUGCCGUCGACAGGACGACGGGCGCCCUCGGCGACCCGCGGCAGCGGUUCCUCGGCGUCGUGGAGCCGCAGCUGGUGCCCAUGAUGGCGCGCGGGCAGCCCGCGAUGCUCGCGCUGACGUCGCGCACGUGGCUAGGGUACAACGACCAUGGCCGGUACCGCCUCGAGCCGCUCGCGAUCCCGCCGCUCGACCACGCCGCGAGCCUCGAGAUGGAGGGCGUCCCCGACGCCAUCGUGGGGGUGUCCCAGGCGGGCCUGAUGUUCCUCACCAUCACGCAGCUCAACGACCCCUUCCACCAGACGACGUCGCAGCUGCGGUACACGCCCCGGCGCGUCCUCGCGGACCCGGAGAGCGGGAAGCUCAUCGUGUGCGAGGCCGAGCACGGCGCCGUGCCGGUCGCGCAGCGCCAGGACGCGGGCGGCGGCGCGGAGGAGAUGGACAUGGAGGUGGAGGGGGAGGGCGGCGAAGACGCCAAGGCGCAGAAGGCCGUGGCCGCGCUGGUCGGGGCGCCACGCGCGGGCCCGGGGCAGUGGGCGUCGUGCAUUCGCGUGGUGGGCAUGACGCCCGAGCUGCCGACGCUGGCGCUGGAGGAGCUGUCGGGCAACGAGGCUGCCCUGUGCUGCACGAUGAUGACGUUCGCGAGCCGGCCGGAGCUCGGGCGGUGCCUCGUGGUGGGGACGGCGACGGAGGUGACGUUCCGGCCGCGCGCAGCGGCGGCGGGGCACAUCCGCGUGUACACGAUGGACGCUGCGUCAGGCGCGCUGGCGCUGGUGCACUCGACGGAGGUGGCGGGGAUCCCGGGGGCGCUGUGCGAGAUGCACGGGCGGCUGGUCGCGGGCAUCGGCAACGUGCUGCGCAUGUACGACUGCGGGAAGAAGCGGCUGCUGCGCAAGUGCGAGACGACCGGCAAGGUGCCCACGCACAUUGUGUCUCUGGCCGCGCUCGGGGACCGGAUCUACGCCGCGGACGCGAUGGAGAGCGUCUUCUUCCUCAAGUACAAGCCAGAGGACAACAUCAUGUACCUGUUCGCGGACGACGUGUCCCCGCGGUACUGCACGACGAUGCUCCUGCUCGACUACGACACCGUGUGCGUGGCCGACAAGUUCGGCAACGUGGGCGUCCUGCGCCUGCCCGCGGACGCCAGCGCGCGCGUGGAGAACGACCCGUCCGCGGGCAAGGCGUUCGACACCCCGGGGGCGACGUCGGCGCCCUUCAAGCUCGAAGCAGUCUGCAACUUCCACGUCGGCGAGGUCGUGACGAGCCUGCGCAAGACGGUGCUGCAGAGCGGCGGGACCCCGCUGAUCUGCUACGGCACCAUCGGCGGCGCAGUCGGCGUGCUCUACCCCUUCGCAAACGAGGAGGAUCGCGACUUUUUCCAGGACCUGGAGCUGCACAUGCGGCAAGAGCACCCCCCCCUGUGCGGCCGCGACCACAUGGCGUACCGCUCGUACUACUUCCCGGUGAAAGGCACCAUCGACGGCGACCUCUGCGAACAGUUCGGCAGCCUGGCGUCGGCGGUGCAGGCGGACAUUACAUCCGGGCUGGACAGGCCGGCGAGCGAGGUGCUGAAGAAGCUCGAGGACAUACGCAACAAGGUGUUGUAG